AUGGUCCUUGACCGGCGAACCUCGGAGUCGGAUGACAAUGAGACGGAGGUGGCGGUAGCAGAGCAGAAGGAACGAACCUGCUAUCAACGAUUGCUGUCUCAAAGUACCAUUCUGACCAGCUGCCUCAAAGCUUCGAUGAAACGCCCGCGUCAACUGUCGACUGCGAAGAUCUCAUGA